AUGGAUUCAUUGACUGAUGAUAUUUAUGAAUCAUUACCAUAUGAAGAUAUUAUAAUAUCUGAUACUUUUGAUGAUCAAUUGAAUAUUACAGAAGAUGAUGAUCUUAUUAAAGAUUCUGAAGAUGAUCAAAUAUUUGAUGAAGUAUUAAAUCAUGAAAUUCAACAAGGAAAUAAAAUUGAAAAUGAACCUGAAGAAUCUUAUAUAUAUGAUGAUGAAGAUAAAGAUACCCAUGAUAGUGGUUUUGACGAAAGUACUUCAGAUAUUAUUGAAGAAAGUCGUACGACUUAUCUACAACCUCCUACAAAUGUUGGACGUGGUCGAUUCGUAAGAAACGCUGUUAAUGAAUAUAAUCAAGAGGUGUUACCACCAGCACGUAUUCUUGAUGCUGAACCACAAAAUGGUUAUUAUUCACAACCUGCAAGAAUAGCAAGAUUACCAGAAUCAUAUUAUAGAAAACGAGCAGACCCAACAGUACAGAAUGAACGUCGUGCACCUCGUGUAACAUCUCCUUUAAUCGAUUUUCGUACAACAUUUUCUCAAAUAUCAAUUAUUAUCGAUAAAGAUGAUUCGGAUGAUAAAGGUUAUAAUCAUGCAUGUAAACGUAUUCAACAAAUACAAUCUGAUAUCAAUAUUGACUUAGUCAAACCUAAUUAUGAUAUAUGGAGCUUUGGUUUAUAUAUUUAUUCAAUAGAAUUACAAAAAUCUAUUUCAUGUAAUCUUCUAGAUCUUUUUCCUCAAGAAAUAAAUAAUGAAGAUAAUCGACCAUUUUGGUUUAUGUUUAAACAUUCACUAACAUUUCAUGAUUCAAUACUUCGUAAUAAAAUUUCCAAACAAACUGAUUCUUCAAAAGGAAUUUUUAUUUCAUUUGAUCGUGGUAUAUAUGCUGAUUUAUCAUAUGGUGCAUUAACAUCAAUGAAUCGUUUUUAUCUUGAUAAAGAUUAUUUAUUUCGUAAAAGAACUAAAUGGUCAUUACGUUUUCGUGAUGAAUUUUUUGAAAUUCACACAAAUGAAUUUCUACAAUUAAACAAUUCCACGGAUUUAAAUCGAGCUCAACGAAAAUAUAAAAUACCACUUGAUAUUAUUGAUCGUACUGCUAUUUUUUAUUUACGAAAUGAUGGAUUUGAUUUGUUUAUAAAUAUGAAAGGAAAUAUUCAUGAGUUUCAUCGACAAAUAAAACCAAAAGUUAAUGAAAAUAUUAAUUUUGAUAAUUUUACACGUCAAGGAAAAUAUGAUAGAGAAAUCAUGCCUCUAUUUUCAACAAUUCGUAUACGUAUAAAACUUAAAUAUGAUCAAGCAAUAAAUGAAAUUCUGGAACGUAAUGAUAAAACAUUUAAAGAUCUUCCAUCUAAUCAAAAAGAUCGUCUUAUACAAACGACUCGUAAUGAAUCAUUAAAAACAAUACGAGAAAUAUUUAAAAAUUUUUUUGAUUUUUUUAAUGAAAAUCGUAUACAUGUUUGUUUUGGUCCAAUAUUUUCACGAAAUAUAUCAUUAGAACAAUUAAGUACACUUAAAGCUCACAGAUUUUCAACAUUUACUCAAUCAUAUUCAUGGGCUAUGUUAUGUAAUAUUGGAUUUCGUGCACAAAUUCAAUUAAAUUUAACGAAAAAAUUCAUAAAUCAAUUACGUGAAUAUUCUAAUUUAAUGUAUGAUGAAAAAGAUUCAUUGGAAAUAGAUGAUCGUUUUUAUCGUUUAUGUUUAUAUUUACAUCGUCGAUCAUCAGAAUAUUUUUUUCUUGAUUUAGAUAAAGAAAUUGAAAUAGGUAUUAAAGAAUAUAAGGAUAAAUAUGAACGAUCAAAAAAAAAUAAAGAUAAAUAUGAAUCAUCAAAAAAAAAGAAAUCUGAAAUAAUUACAUUUAAUCAAUUGACAACAUCAACAGCAUAUAUUCCAUCAGUUGUUUUAACACCAACAACAAUAAAAAUUCGUCCAUUAAAAUUAUGUAAAUUAAAUCGUGUUCUUCGUGAAAAACGAUUUGGUGGGUUUUUAAAUUUUGCACUUGUUGAAUUACGUGAUGAAGCUCAACGUUUACUUUUUCCUAGUGAAUUUCGUUCAUUAAAAAAUCAAAUAUUAUAUUAUUUAACAAAUGGAUUUUUGUUAACACCAGAACGAAGAUAUAAAUAUUUACAUCAUUCUCAAAGUCAAGUCAAAUGUAAACAAUUUUGGUUUUAUUAUCAUGAUAAAGAACAUGGAUAUCUUUCACAUGAAGAUGCUUAUAUUUGGAUGGGAAAUUUUGAUAAAGAACGUAUUGUAGCUAAACAUGCUGCACGUAUUGCACUUUGUUUUACAAGUACAGAUGCAACAAUUCAGAUUACUGCAGACAAAGUCACUUAUGAACGUGAUAUAAAAGAUGCAACAAAGAAGUAUACAUUUACUGAUGGUGUUGGAACAAUUUCAACACAACUUCGUGAUGAAAUAAAAGAUUUCUUGAAACAUCGUUAUAAUUUUAGUGUUUUACAAAUUCGUUAUGGUGGUUGUAAAGGUACAUUCUCAGUUGAUCCAAAUCUUGAUAAUCAACAAUAUCAAUUAAAAAUUCGAGAUUCAAUGAAUAAAUUUACUACUGAUCAUGAUAUACUUGAAUUAUGUAAAUUAUCAGCACCACGUCCUCUUUAUCUCAAUCGGCAAGAUAUUGUUUUACUUGAAAGUCGUGAUAUACCUCAUACAACAUUUCUUUGUCUACAAAAUGAAGAUCAUUUAUGGCUUAUUCGUUGUCUAUUAACACCAUCCAUAGCCUAUGAAUUAUUACAAGAAAAAGUCUUACCUGUAUUUCAAUUACGUAAAAUAGCUCGACAUAUAAAUAUUGUUGAAGAACAAUUUUUUAUUAAAUUAAUUAUAACAUGUGCAUUUAAUAUUAUGCGUGAAUUAAUUGAUCGAACAAGAAUACGUAUAUCAGAAAAAAAAGCAAGAAAUAUGUUUGGUAUUGUUGAUGAAUAUGGUGUAUUAGAAUAUGGGCAAGUUUUUAUUCAAUAUACAGUGAUGCGUGAUAAUAAAUUAUACUUAUCCGAAGAAGAAGACUAUAUAAGAAAAAAUAAUAUUGGUCGAUGUGAAAUUUUAACAACUAAAGUUGUUAUUACAAAAAAUCCAUGUCAUCAUCCAGGUGAUUUACGAACAUUUGAUGCUGUUGAUCGUCCUGAAUUAAGACAUUUAAAAGAUGUUGUCGUUUUUCCACAAAAAGGUCCUCGACCACAUUCAAAUGAAAUAUCCGGAUCUGAUUUAGAUGGUGAUGAAUAUGUCGUUAUAUGGCAUGAAGAUUUAAUACCACAAACACCAAAUGAAACACCUUAUGAAUAUGAUUCUCAAGAAGAUCCACCGAAAAUGAAUCGUCCAAUCACACGAGAUGAUAUUAAUCAAGUUGUUAUGGAAGUUAGUGAACAAGAUUGUCUUGGAACAUUAUCAAAUAUUCAUUUAGCUUAUGCAGAUAAAUAUGGUAUCAAAUCAGAAACAUGUACAUAUUUAGCUGGAGCUAUUUCACAAGAAGUAGAUGCUGCAAAAACUGGUAAACAUCCGUUAACCAAUGAGGAAAUUGUUGAACUUAGACAAGGACUAGACAGCAAAUGGCCAGAUUUUAUGAAAGGACGUGGUAAAAAAGAAUAUUAUCCAUCAGAACGUAUUCUCGGUAAAUUAUAUCGUUCAGCACGUCGUGCUGUCAUAGGUUGGAGUCGUGCAAUAAGUAAUCAUGGUAAUCCACAUCAUAUACAUUUAGCACUUGCAUUAGCUUCUGGUAUAGAUAUCAAAGAUCAAGAAUUUGAUGAAACGAGAAAAAAAUCAAACAUAUCAACAAUUUAUGAACAACCACUUGAUCAAUUAAUAACACAUGAAAAUUAUCAAAAAUAUCUUUCAGAAAUAAAAUCUUUAUAUUCAAUCUAUCGAAGUGAAUUACUUGAAAUUAUUAGUUUAUAUCGUUUUCAAGAUGAAAUUGAUCUUUUAUGUCGUUGUGAAUCAAUGGAUGCAUCAGCAGGUGGAAGUAAAAAAGGUAGUCUUGAAGAUUCAGCUACAAUUGAAGUACAAAAUUUAGUUCGUAGAAUAAGACAAGAUUUUUAUAAUGAAUUUGAUGAACGACGUACAAAACUACAAUGUUGUGAAUCAAAAGAAAAUCCAUAUUCGGGUCGUCGAAAAAUAAUUGAUUGUGCAUAUUGUAAAGAUCAUAAAUGUGCAAAAGCCGCUUGUGCUUAUAUUUAUACAUAUGAACAAAGUAAUCGUUUACCAUUAAAAUCUAAUCGACGUAUACUUAGUUUUCCAUGGCUUUUUGCUAAACAUCUUAUUCAAUUAAGAGAUCGUAAUAUGUUAAACAAUUCUAUUAAUCAAUCAAAUACAAUUGUUCUUCAUGCAUGUUCAGAUUAUUUGAAAGAUUUUGAACCAAAAUUUAAAGUUUUUAUUCCUGAAUAUUCAAUUGAUAUUCCAUUAGUUGAAUUUUAUUAUAGAAAAAGUGAAGAAAAACCAAAAAGUUUAUUACGUAUAAAUACAAAAUCCGAUGAAAAAAUUUCUGAUGUACCAUUAUUACGUGCUUGUUUUGUUGAAAUAUUAAAUGAUUGGUUAAUAAAACAAAAUAUAUUUGGUGAUAAAUGUAUUGAAACUGAUUCAAAACCAUUAAUACCUGAAUCAAUAUGGCAUGAAUUAUUAAUAAAAUUUCUUUCGAAAAAAGAUGAAAAUAAUGUACGUCUUAUAUUAGAUUCAAAAACUCAAAGUUUUAUUACAGAACGUUAUCGUCAAAGUAUUAAUAAUUAUCGUCAACAAUGGACAAAUAUUGAAGAUCAAAAAUUACAAAAUAUGUUUCUUGAAAUACAUAAACUUACUAUAGAUUAUAUUCAAAAAACUCAAUUAACAAUAUGGGCUUAUCUUGAUGAAUAUAUUUUGUUAGCUUUACAAUGUAUUGGUAUUGAAAAGAGACUUAUUAAUAAAUGA